AUGAGGUUCCUUGGACUGGUACUCUUUGCCUGCGCCGGCCUGACUGCCGCCGCGACCACUGCCAAAAUCCAGGCCAACUGUGCCCAAGAUGGCUGCGCCUGGGGGUUCCGCGACAACUACAACAGCGGCAAUCUGAGCCGGGGCGAGGAUCGUAUCAUCAGUGGGGGUAUCCAGAACUACCCGAAGAACAUUUUCACAAAGGGACCUGAGUGUGGCUCUGUCAAUGGCGGUCUUAUGACCCUUACACCCCAUAACUACGAGCCUGUUUGCGCUUGCGUCAAGUCCUAG